AUACCAUAGUCCAACAGAGAAGAAGAAAAGUCUUCUCCUAUCACUCACCCACUCACACCCAGGAAAAAGCCACACCAAUCAUAUUGAAUAGAGUUGGAGUUACUUGGUUUGUGUCAUCAUCUAUACACAAACAAAAGAAACCAAACUAGAAGAAGGAAAAAAUACACAUACCAUUACUUUCAAAACAAAUAUCCUGAUCAUCUAUCUGAUACUGACACAGUCAUGGCUCCCCAGUCUAAGUCCCAGCCACCACCACCGUCAUCGGAGGACAAGACGGGGGCUCUGGAUACUCCCCUUCGUGAAGUCGGGUUCGAGAUUGAAGAAGUGACACCACAGAAGGUCUGUGGUUACCUCAGAGUCACCGAAAGGAACUGUCAGCCAUUCAAGGUGUUACAUGGAGGUGUGUCAGCUCUAAUAUCUGAGGCUCUGGCUAGCAUAGGCGCUCACCUGGCUUCUGGUUUACAAAGGGUGGCUGGAAUUCACCUCAGCAUCAACCACAUGAAGCGAGCUGAGCUCGGUGACCUUAUCUACGCUGAAGCCUCACCCAUCAGCGUUGGCAAGACCAUUCAGGUUUGGGAGGUGCGACUUUCGAAGAUUGAUCCUUCAAACUCAGACAUCAAAUCCUUAGUAUCAUCAUCAAGAGUUACUCUUGUAUGCAACAUGCCUGUGCCGCAGCAUGCAAAAGAUGCAGGUGAAGCCCUCAAGAAGUAUGCCAAAUUAUAGAACUUGUGUAAUCUUGUUUGUGUUCUUGUAACAAGUGUUACUGAACCUAAUGAAGCAAUUAAAGAAUUUAUUACAAGCA